AUGGCGAACGUAAUUGCCUCAGGGACUCUUGCCGUACUGCUCCCUUUGGGAGGUUACAUGGGAUACAGCAAGAAGAAUAGUGUCGCAAGUUUAGCAGCCGGAGUUUCCGCUGGACUCAUCUCAGCGGUUUCCCUCAUUUACCUUUUGAGUGACUCCAAUCACAAGGUGGCCAACCGUGUCGAGGCGUGUAUGUCGUUUCUGCUCUCUGCCGUUAUGGCAUUCAGAUACUUGAAGUCGCGGAAACCCACACCGUUGUAUGUUUCCUUGCUGACUGGAAUAUGCUUUCUCUUCGGAUUUGCACCUUAUUCAUUUUAA